AUGAAGGCUACAACGGCAGCCUCAGUUUUGGCCUUGAUUUGGGAGGGAGCUACUGCGCAAGACUACAAUGCUGCACCCCCAGAUCUCGCCACUCUCCCUGAACUCUCUUUGUUUGAGACUUGGAGGCCGCAUACACAUGUUCUCCCACCCAAUGGUCAGAUCGGCGACCCAUGCGCCCACUAUGUAGAUCCCGAGACAGGGCGCUUCCACGUCGGAUUUCUGCACAAUGGUACCGGAAUUGCCGCUGUUCUGACAGAGGAUCUUGUUCAUUAUUACGAUGUGAGGCCUAAUGGCAACUACUCCAUCGUGGCUGGCGGUCCCAACGACCCCCUCGCUGUUUUUGAUGGCUCCGUCAUCCCCAGUGGAGUUGACGGCAAACCGACGCUUUUAUACACAUCUGUCUCGGCAUUGCCAAUCCAUUGGACGCUUCCUUAUACCCGAGGAAGUGAAUCACAGUCUCUCGCAGUUACCUACGACGGGGGAAAGAACUUCACCAAGCUGGAAAUCCCGCCUGUUAUUCCCGAGCCCCCGGUGGGCGUGGAUGUAACAGGUUUCCGCGACCCGUACGUUUUCCAAAAUGCGGAAUUCGACAAAUCCCUCGGCAAUGCCGAAGGUACUUGGUACGCGACCAUUUCGGGUGGCGUUCAUGACGUUGGGCCUGGUUUGUUCCUCUAUGAGAACACGAGUCCCGACUUUGAGCAGUGGGAGUAUCUUGGAGAAUGGUACCAUGAGCCUGCCAAUUCGACAUGGGGAAACGGGGACUGGUCUAAGGUCUUUGGCUACAAUUUUGAGACUACCAACGUCUUCGGCCUCACCAGAGAAGGAUACAGCUACAGUGGAAGCCCUUUCCUGACCAUUGCCGUGGAGAGCUCAUACGUACCCAUUCAGGACUCAGUCUCCUCACUUCAUGCCCAGCUUUGGGCAGCAGGGUCAGUUGGAGUUCCGGAGGGUGAAAACAUCACACUCACCCCUGACAUGGUUGGUGUCUUUGACUGGGGCUUGGCUUCCUAUGCAGCAGCAGGCAAAGUCGUACCAGCGUCUUCUGAGCCAUCCACUGCCAGCGGCGCCCCUGACCGUUUUAUCAGCUAUGUCUGGCUGACUGGGGAUGUCUUCGGAGGAGUCGUGGGCUUCCCAUCUGCGCAGCAAGGAUGGCAAAACACCUUGUUGACAGCGCGCGAGUUGUCUAUUAAAGCCAUCCCUAACGUUGUCAACAAUGAUCUUGUGAAAGAGACUGGCUCAUGGCGUGUGGCCGCUGACUCUGACUCCACUGGCAACUGUGUUGAACUCGAAACUCUCGGAAUCAAGAUUGCUCGCGAGACUUACGACGCUAUGACUGCUGCCCCUAGCUUCACCGAGGCAGACAAGACCCUCACAAGUGCAGGUGUCACUCCCUUCACCCGCUCCCCAAAAACCAAGUUCUUUGUGCUGGAAGCUGAGAUCAGCUUUAAUGCACGCGCUUCUGACCUGCAAGCCGGUUUCCAGAUCCUGGCAUCCGAGUUUGAGUCCACCACCAUUUAUUAUCAGUUCUCUAACGAGUCCAUCAUGAUUGACCGUUCCAAGACAAGUGCUGCUGCAGACACGACCACCGGUAUUGAUGCGUCACCGGAGUCUGGACGCCUUCGUCUGUUUGACAUCAACGACAGCUGUGGCAACAAUGGUGGUAACAGCAGCGGCCACGGUGGUCAGGGCGUCUACGGUGGUCAUGGUGGCCAGGGUGGCUACGCCGGCCAUGGAGACCACAACUGUGGAGAAAAGGGCGAGCAGGGUGAACAUCAUUCGACUAAAUGCAAGUCUGAGGCUGCGUCGGGCAGCAAUACCCACACUUCUCGUUCGACUGAAGUUGGCGGGGAGCAUAUUGAGACUCUAAGCCUAACUAUUGUUGUGGACAACUCUGUCCUGGAGGUCUAUGCCAACUCUCGCUUUGUACUGUCUACCUGGGUCCGCCCCUGGUACCAAAACUCGACCGAGAUUCGCUUCUUCCAAAACGGGGAGGGUGAAGCAUCUUUCAGCAACAUUCGCGUUGCUGAUGGACUGUAUGAUGCUUACCCGGACAGAACACAGUGA